CCACUGUGUCUCUUUCACUAUUGCGGCUAGGGUACCAUCCCAUCUGCCAAUCACGAUGUUCAUGACCGACAAGGAUCCUAUCAACCUUGACAGAUUCGGAAGCCGCGCGCUACUGCUACAAUACCUUAUUCGCUGUGCUGAGACAGCAACUCGAGAUCAAGAUGCGGAUCCAUGCUACUCUGCCGCCCUGCGGCUGAACAUAGGCUGGCUAAAGACCAUAUCGACGCCGUGCCGCACUCUUGCAGCGGUCCUGCUGGCAACGCGCCCAAGUCUCCUCAUGCUCUGACCGCGUUGCUGCUAAUCUUUUCUCUCGUAAAUGUCCUUCUACCGCAUUACUUUCGUGUCCUGUCGACGAUUCAACAUGCCUCUACUCUGGCGUCUCAUCCUCAUCGCCCUAGCAGCCCACUCGGCUCUCGCCGCAAACACAUGCUACUUCCCGAACGGCCUCGCCAGCACUGACGAACCCUGCGACCCCGAUGCGCUCUUCACACAAUGCUGCGGCUCUCGCUCUGCCUGUCUCACAAACGGGCUGUGCAUCCUCGAAGCGUCGAACGACACGGGCAUCAACUACGCGCGCGGUACGUGCACAGAUAAAACGUGGGCGUCUUCCUUGUGUCCGCAGCAAUGCCAGUUGAACCAAGACACGCCGAAGAACUCGAGCGCGUACGACUUCAGAACGAAUGGCGUGCAGGUGUGGCAGUGCGGAAGUCAGGGUUAUGCAGAGGAGGCCAAGUACUGCUGCGAGAGCGAGGCGGAGAGACAGCGGUGCUGUAGCACGCAGGAGGCGGUCUUCACGCUGCAGGGCGCAGCGGUGGGCGCGAGCACGAGCGCCAGCACGACGUCAACGUCGUUGUUGAUUACAAGCGCGGGUUCGUUGAUUACAAGCGCGGAUUCAUCCACUUCUGGGCCAACGGCGACGCCUUCCAGUUCCGCAGAGGCUGCAUCCACUACGGCGUCGCUGGCAGCGCCAACGACGACUGCGCAGCCGCGUGAAACGAAUGGGACGGCGAUUGGGAUUGGAGCAGGCGUGGGCGGAGCAAUAGGGCUGAUUAUUCUCGUUACUGUAGUGCUCUUGUUUGUCUGGAGACGCAGGCGUACAAAGAGACAUGGCAUGAUUGAAGGACCAGGCGUCAGCGAGCUCCAUGGUACUGCAAAGCAGCCAGUGGAGGUGUGGACGCAACCAGCGGAGGUUUAUACUCAGCCGCAUGAGCUACCGUCGCGAGGCCAGCCGGUCUGGGAGCUGCCGGCGGAUCCUAGGACGCCGCGGGUCGUGUGAUAGACUUGGUAGUAUGGAUGCGCACACAUCGUCGCUCUCUUGGAUGACGGGUUGUGGAUUUUGGAACUCCGGGAUGUUAACUCCACAGUGAGCAUGGUGAUGUCUCGAUAUGUAUACGCGAGAAAACUUGGUGAUACUGCUUUGCCACUGUUCGGUA